GUAUCAAGUAAUUUUAAGUUAUUCCAUAUUUAAUAACCAAACCCAAAUGGAAGGAAGCACAAAAUUCACAGCUGUCGUCACUGAUGGAGGAAAGGCAGCUCUUGUCGAGCAGGAGAAGAGACCUUUACAGGAAGGAGAAGUAUUGAUUAGAGUUGAAGCAUCUCCAGUUAACCCAAGUGAUAGGUACAUGGCUGCAGGGGCAUAUGGAGUCAAGAAAUUGAUGUCUGAGGGACCUCAAGGGCUUGGAUUUGAUGGCUCAGGAGUUGUUAUUGAGGCCCAUGAGUCUGUAGACUCUAGCCUUGUUGGUAAAACAGUCUCAUUCUUUGAAGAUCCUCAUAUUAAGGGAUAUCAAGGAUCUUGGAGACAGUUCUUGUAUAAGAAGUCUACAGAUAUUUUGGUAUUUGAUGAAGGUGUCAAGCCAAUUGACUGCUUUGGGACUUUUGUGAACCCAAUGACUGCCUUGGCAAUCAUUGAUUUUACUAAGAAGAAUGGUCAUAAAGCAUUGGUUCAUGCUGCUGCAGCUUCCAAUCUUGGAAAAAUGUUGGUGAAGGUAGCCAAAAAUGAAGGAAUCCCUUUGAUAAACAUUGUCAGAAGAACAGAGCAAGUUGAAGCAUUGGAGAACAUUGGUGCUGAGCAUGUUUUGAACUCUACCUCUGAGACUUUUGAAGAAGAUCUUGAGAAACUAGCUGAGACUUUGAACGUCACUGCUUUCUUUGAUCCAAUUGGUGCUGACUUUACUGCCAAAGUUCUAGAUAGGCUCCCAAAUGGAUCAACUGCCUAUAUCUAUGGGGGUCUCGGAGGAGCCCCGAUUUCUAUUGGAGGUACAUCAUUCAUUUUCUUCAAUAAAAAAGUUCAGGGACUCUGGUUAGGACCAUGGCUGGACAGUUUGACUACAGCUGAAAGAGAAGCAGUAUACCAACAAGUGAUUGACGAUCUUUCAAAGGGAGGAGAAAUCUUUGGUUCAAAGGUCUUAGAAACAUACCCAAUCACCAAAUUUAAAGAGGCAAUCAACGCUGCAGAAGGAGUUGCUUCAGACGGAAAGUUGGUUAUCAACCCUCAGCUAUCUUAAGACUGGACUUUUAUGAAAUCAC